AAUGAUGAAUCAAAAAAUCACAAAAAGAAAAAAGCAAAUAGAAAGCGACGUGCUAUGAAUCACGAACGAAGAGAAAAGAAAAAGUGUUGAAUAAUUUGAAUUGAAUUGAAUUGAAUCCACAAAUUCACAAACACAAAAUCAUCACCGUUAAUUCCACCACUCUCUUCAACGGUUCAAAUUACACAAUCAUUUCCAAAUGGGUAUACUCUUCGCACUAGUCGCACGUGGCACGGUGGUUCUCGCCGAGUUCACCGGAACAACCACAAACGCCACCGCAAUCGCGCGACAAAUUCUCGAGAAGAUUCCUGGAAACAACGAUACACACGUUUCUUAUUCACAAGAUCGGUAUAUCUUUCACGUUAAACGGACCGAUGGACUCACUGUUCUUUGUAUGGCGGAUGAUACCGCCGGACGGAGAAUUCCGUUUGCGUUUUUGGAAGAGAUUCAUCAGAAGUUUGUUAGGACUUAUGGACGUGCUGUUCUUAAUGCUCAAGCUUAUGGUAUGAAUGAUGAGUUUUCUAGGGUUUUGAGUCAGCAGAUGGAGUAUUUCUCUACUGAUCCUAAUGCUGAUCGGAUUAAUCGUCUCAAAGGUGAAAUGUCUCAGGUACGAAAUGUCAUGAUAGAAAAUAUUGACAAGGUUCUGGAUAGAGGUGAUAGAUUGGAAUUGCUGGUGGAUAAAACUACUGAUAUGCAAGGAAACACAUUUCGCUUCAGGAAACAGACUCGUCGUUUUAGAAGCGCUGUGUGGUGGAGGAAUGUUAAACUCACGGUCGCUCUUAUAGUCAUCCUACUUGUGAUAGCAUAUGUUGUGUUGGCUUUUGUUUGCCAUGGGCCUACACUACCGUCUUGCUUCUAGUGAAGGGUUGAAAAGUGAAUUUAUGUGUGAUUUUAUACCGUCUCCAGUUUGCAAAGGUCGCUUCUAUUGUGGCGCAGACUCCCGUUUGUUUCAAUUGCUGGGCUGUCAACGUGUGUGCAGAUUUCUGGUGUUUUGGGUUGUAGUUAUUACAAGGUUUGAGGGAAAAAUAUUGUGCAUCAUGUCUUUUAUGUAUUAUCUUACAUACCACCCCAAAAAAUGGAUUGAACCGGAACAUGAUCGGGAUUUUGAGUUAUUUAAAGUGUUACUAUUAUAUCUGGGUAUAGUCAUUAAUGUUCUUCCCUUCUCUUUUUGUUUAAGAGAAGUAAGGGUAAAGUUUUGAAUUUCAUGGGUCCCUUCGUAGCUCAAUGAAGGGAGAUUGUUUAGCUUCGCUUGCCCCAUUGUUAUAUAUUUAUAUUUGCAAAGGUUCCUUUUUGUUUUGGUUUUCUGCAAUGAAAUAGUAUUAUCAUAUGA